GUGUAUCCAGUAGACCAGACGUCAUCCUUGAAAUCUGAAUGCGCCUCAAUGUGGGAUUUGGUUAUGUGAGCCGCCGAGCGCCACCUGACGGACGUUUGUCUCAGGAAACUGUUAUUAUUCAGCGAAAUUUACCGCCCACUGUAUUCUCUGAUGUCAGAUGUGCACCUGACAGAUGUUCGCUUAUAAUUCCUAUCGACGGAACAUUAUUUCCCGCAUCUAUUCCCCUUUAAAUCGAGCGAACUUCCCUGUUGUUCAGUGAGCGCGUCUGGAGCUCCGCAGAUCAAAGGCUGAUAUGACUGGGCUUUGAUCGGCCUUUACUGGACAUUCUUGCAUUACACGGACAUUUAAAGGAUGGAUUUGGACGUGUUGAACAUGUUCAUCAUUGCCGGAGGGACGCUGGCGAUCCCCAUACUGGCUUUCGUUGCCUCGUUCCUGCUCUGGCCUGCAGCUCUCAUUAAAGUUUAUCACUGGUAUUGGCGCAGAAGGCUGGGAAUGCAGGUGGAUUAUGUAGAAUAUGAAGGAUAUCGCUUCAGUUUCUCUCACAGAGGGAAUCCAGGCGCACGUCCGUCUGUCCUCAUGUUACACGGAUUCUCUGCACACAAGGACAUGUGGCUCGGCGUGGUCAAGUUUCUCCCUAGAAAUGUGCACUUGGUGUGUGUGGACAUGCCGGGACAUGAAGGUACGACACGCACCGGUGCUGAGGAUUAUUCCAUAGAGGGCCAAGUCAACCGGAUACAUCAGUUUGUGAAGAGCACCGGCUUGAAGAAAAAGCCUUUCCAUUUGAUCGGCACGUCUAUGGGUGGAAACGUAGCAGGAGUUUAUGCUGCCCGUCACCCGACUGAUCUCUGCGGCGUCACCCUCAUCUGUCCAGCAGGGCUUCAGUAUCCCACUGAAAGUAAGUUUGUUCAGCGUUUGAGGGAACUGGAGAAGAGUCAGGACAGUGACGGGAUCCCACUGAUUCCCUCCACACCGGAGGAGAUGGAGGAGAUGCUCAGACUGUGUUCCUUCGUGCGCUUUAAGAUUCCUAAACAGAUUCUUCAAGGUCUGGUUGACGUUCGCAUCCCAAACAAUGACUUCUACCGAGAGUGUUUUAUGGAGCUUGUUGGAGAAAAAUCCAGACACUCUUUACAUGAGAACAUGCAUCUCAUCUCAACUCCUCUGCAAGUUAUUUGGGGAAAAAACGACCAGGUGUUGGACGUGUCCGGGGCUUCAGUUCUGGCCGAAGCCGUUUCAGGAUCCCAGGUUCAUUUGCUAGACAACUGUGGUCAUUCUGUAGUGAUGGAGCGGCCGAGGAAAUCUGCCCAGCUCAUCCUGGACUUUAUCAUCGCACAGCAGAACGCAGGAAUCAACAGCAACAAGAAACGUUCCUAAAACCGGACUCUCCUUAAUACGUGGCGUAUUGGUUGGUCAAAGGUUAAGGAUCUCAGCUACAAACAUAAAGUUGUUGAAGCAGAAACUGGACAGAUACAGAUAUCACAGAUCACAGAUGCUUUGUAUGAGAGGCUCUUUUAAAAGUAACUAUAUAUGAUUUUUCAGUGUGUAAAUAAGCAGUAAAAGUUAUUUUUGUAGUGAACGCUCAGGGACGCUCCGAGUUGAAAAGCACUUCAGAAUCUAUGCAGAUACAGAUCAGUGUCCUGCAGACAGUAUCGAUUUCUAUUAUACUUAGAUUAGGCCAAAAACGGUUGUUGAAUAUCCCUAUUUAUAUCCUUAUAAUUUUCCUCUGACCCCAUUCCAUGUUUGAACAGAUCUACUAGACAGCUUUUCUGGGCAUCAUAGGCACUUCCCUGAACUAAUGUCUGUAUGUAUAUCCUUUUAAAUUGAGACACAGCCUAUACGUCUAUCCCUUUAGUCAUUUACCAUGUUUU